ACUGUGGGUGGAAGGGUAGGUUUCUGUUUCUAGGUUAGUGUUUGUGGAGGGGAUGAUGAGUGAAUCUUUCUAGCUUUUGUUUCCGUGCAAUAUUCCCAAACCAAACGAAGCAAUUUUUCAAUUGCGAAAGGCGUUUCAGGCGUUUGUUACUUUAUUAAUUGUUUUAUUAAUUAACUUAUUUAUUUGAUGAUUGUUAUUGUUCGUAAGAUCGAAGAAAGAAGAUGGGACUUUCAGCAAAUAUUCCGAAGAUGGAUUUAAAAUCGCAGGCGAAUAGUACAAGAUACGUUAAAUCGUUAAUUUUUUUGAAAAAAGAACUCGCGAUCGAGAAAUUGAUCUCAAUUCUUCCAUGGAUACAUUCCUGUAAUAAUGACCGGCUGAAAGAAGCUUACAUGAAGAGUUUUCCGGUCGUUUUUGGCUAUGCAGAGUUGAAUCGUGUUUCAAUAGAACAAUGUCUGGAGCUAAUCUCGAAUAUCGAAUGUCAUCCGUUUUUUAAACAGGAAAGAAGUUUAUUCAAUGGCUGGAAUGCAAGACUGAGUAGUUUAUUACGGGUAAAUCGCCAUCAUUCGUAUAAAAGUGCGAAAUUACAGAAUACCAGUAACACUUUUGUAAACAUACCAGGAACCAACUUAAACGACGUAAUCGGAUACACCGACUUGGAUUUGUUUUACCGUUAUCAUAAGUGGUUAAAAUACCACAAGUUGCAUAAGUAUUUAUACUUUUUCGCCAAUUUAUCGGCGGUAGAGAUUGAAAGCAUUACAAAAGACAACAUUCGCCAUUUCGAACAAAAAGUUGAUAUUCUGCCUAUGACGGAGGGAGCGCGAAACUCGAUUCUCCGUAAACUUGAUGAACUCCACCAAAGGCGAGCCCGACUGGAGCAAUUCUGUAAGGAGGAGUAUUACAGCAGUAUUUCCAAGAUCGAAAAAAGUAUAUUUGAAAUGAAAACGAUGCUGAAAACUCCAGUCAGAAGAAAUCAACUAUUUUCUCGGAACAAUUUGCCGGAUUUGCUUCGUCGUGCCAUGGAAACAGUGGUUUUUGUAAUAUUGCGCCGUUUGCAAGGUGAUGAUCUUUUACGAGUCUACCAGCCAGCUGUGUCACUAUUGAAAAUGGCUUGGGGAUGUUCGUUUUUCGAAACUGCUGCCAAAAAUAAGAUGAAUGUAAUGCAACACGCUCUGCACACGAAAUUAAAGAAGAAUUAUUCUCGAAAAAUGAAGGGUACUAUUUACGUCGAUUACUCGGUGCAAUUGAUCGAGACGGGGAUUAAAAAUAUUACGUUUUAUCUGGAGAACUUCGUGCUUAAAGAGCACUAGAUGUUACCCAGUUAUUUUUUAUACUUAUGUUUUAUCGUUUUAUUUUACUUAUUUUAAUUUUUUUAAUUUUUACAUAUUGUUAUCUUCAGAUUAUCAAUGACUAUUACCAUCGAGCUAUUGCUCGUAAAAUGAGAUUAAUUUUUAGGACUACAACGAUCCCAGUUUCGUUCAUAUUUGUUAGUUAUUUAAUUUUACUUUAACCCGAUUGAACUUAAUGUUCAAAAAAAUCAUUGACUAGUGAAUACGUAUCUUUUUUAUUCCGUAUAAUAUAUAGACCCAUAAUUGAAUAGAUUUCAAAUUCACCUCCGUUUACCUACAAGUCCGCACCCCACUUAAAGUCGGUUUUAUUAGAUGUUUUAUUAAUAUUAUUAUAGCUUGAAUUUUUUUAAUUAUGUUUUAAACGUUAUUUUUUAUAUACUUAAAUGAAUUAGACAAUUGAAAAUUGAUUUCAAUGGUUAUGUUUUUUAUAUCGUAUUUUAUAUUUGUUAUCACUAUCAGUGUCGAUUAUUAGAUCGUUUAUUUUUUCGACGUUUUAUAAUUAUUAUUUUAUUUGUUUAAAUUAUUUUAUUAAUACCACCACCGGUGUGUUUUUAUCGUGUAAUCGUGUUUCGUGAAUUAUUAAACUUUUUUACCGUA